UAUUUCCGUAGACUUCUUAGGAUGCAGAACCACCUGUCGUGAUUUUAACAUUUCAUAAUUUGUGUUUGGAUCAAUUAAAUUGUGUAUUAUGGCCACAAUAAAUCCGGUGAAUAUGAACAAAAGCCGCUCUUGGGUUGAUGGACCACAGAGCUUGGCACUGCUUUCAGAUAUUUUCAUUUUCAUCACUGGCGGUUUUCACUUAGCCGUCAGCGUUGGCUGGAGCUAUUUCGCUUAUAGUUUGCAUUUCAAAUUCUGCUGGUUUAUUGGUGUGGCGAUCGGUUGUAUACUUGCGCCAUUGCUUAUCAACUGGAAGCGACGAAGGUUAUUCAUAUUCUCGCCCAUAUUGCUGGUGAAUGUGUCCGCGAUCGUCACGUUAUCCGCCUACUACAAUACGAAGGCGCUGAUCGCCGCGCGCUACCUGAAUGGUAUCGCCAUCGGUCUCACCACCGUCUCGUAUGUCAUGCACGCCAGUGAGAUUGCCUCGGAACAUUUUCGUGGUUACUGCUUAUGCUUGGAGCAAUUGGGCUUAGCCGCUGGCGCAUAUGUGCAAAUUCUCUACACCGGCCUUUGGAGUAGUGAUAUGGAUUUCAAUCCCUAUUGUCUACAGGGUAUAUUUUGCAUAAUUUUCGGUGUGCUUGCCUUGGUGUUAACAUUCACCUCAAUCGAUUCGCCGGUCUUGCAUUUGCGUCGAGGCGAUGAACCGGAGGCACUCAGUUGUAUUGUGCGUCUCUAUCGUCCAACCGUUAUGACCAAUGAAAAACAAGUGAUAUUCAACAAGCUGAAAGAGUAUGUCGCCAUGAAUGAGGCCAUGUCGCUGGAGCAGUGUUUCUUACAGAGUGUGAGCCCGCUGCUGAGAAUUUUGCCCUAUCGUUGUAUGCUUUCGUUUAUCGUCGCACUACCAAUUGCAGUAGCUUUCAUUUUGUCUGAGGAGGUAAGCACCGCUGGCACUUUCGUCAAUUGGCCACCUGUACUUUACGGUUUUCUGGGAUUCUUGGGCGCUGUGGUCUCGUUUGCGAUAAUCGAAGGUAUUGGCCGCAAGGCGGUGAGCUUGUUUUCAUUAUUAUGUGCCGGUGGUAUGACUAUCGGUGUUGGCAUUAUCUUCUAUGACACCAUGGCGCUGAUAAAUUCCACAAAAAUGGCGACAGCAUGCGCUUUACUGAUGAUCGCGCAAAUUUUCGGUGGCAUUUUUGCGCCCAGCACAACGGUUUAUAUGGGUGAGGCGUUUCCGUUACGUUUGAAACGUUACUUCAUAGCAUUUACCGUACUCGCACAAUAUAUGGUGGAUUUGAUCAUUGUAUGCACUUUCACCUUCACGCCUGAAAAUAUGUUCGUCUACUGCCUUGUCACGGGGGUGAUAAUGUGUGUGGCUUGCCUCAUAUUUACCGUUACUAUGCCAGAAACCAGGAAGACUACUCUGCAAGAAGCACAACAACAAUUCUCAUAUGGACUGCAUUUGCGAUUUUAUUAAUUAUGCCGUAUAAUUUUGGAAAUUACAAUGCUACAGAUAUCACUAUAUAGCAACUUGUCACGAUAUAAAACAGAAACCAUGAACAAUUUAAAUAAAAAAAUGAUUUAAUUCGAUUA